GUCUGCCACCAAGCUCCCAACUCGCCAGUGGACGGCGCGAGUGACCGCACGUGUUCGAUAUUCGAAUUUUAAAACAUCGAAUUUCAAUUAUUCUUAUUUGGAAAUAUUGUGAUUAUUUUUUUAUCGAUAUCCUUACGCUGGGAAAGAUGCGGCCCUACGUUUUUGGAAUUUUGAUGAUCCUUGCGUGUUCCUGUCUAGAAGUUCUGUCGCGGCCGUCAAACAAUGAGGUGGCGACAUCUAUCGACAAUCUAACAGAAACGCCAAUAGAACAAGAAAGAUCUUUGGCUUACGAUGAAACUAAUAGAGAGAACGAAGGUGUUACUAAAGAUAUAUUGGAAAAGAUAAAAGCUAUAAACGAUGCUCUCAAGAAACCCAGCAGACGUAAUCAAUUCCAAUGGAAUGCUCCACAUCAAACAGGAGGAGAAUAUGUUCUGGAUAAAGAAAUAUUAGAGAAACUGCAACAAGUAAUUGCUUCUGGCAAAUUAAAUUCCAAUUUAAAAAAUGUACAACAACAGGAGAGCAAUACAAUUUUCAAUGAAGAUGCUGAUGAUACCAGAUACUCAAGACAAUUGGCCUCUCUGUAUGGUGGGAACCAACCUCAAAUGACACCUGCGUAUAUCAUGAACAUGCCUGUUCUUAUCAUGCCACCGGUGAACAACAUGUACAGCAAUUACAUGAACCCUAUGGAAUAUAGCACAAAAAUUCAAACUAGACAAGAAGGUCCAACCUCACCAUUUCCUUCUUUUCCAUCUUUUCAGUGGCCCUUUGCGCAAUUUUUCCCCAUUCUUAUAAGAGAUCCGUUGCUAAGUAUCAUGAAUGGAGGAGGAUGGAGCAAUUUUGUUGAGGUUGGUCAAAGCGCUGACGUUUGUAGAAAACAAAAAUCUAACGAUCCAAACAUUAUAACUGAAAAUAAAAUCGAAGAUGAUGAAGUAAAAGUUGAAGAGCCCAGUGUACUUCCAGCUGUAGAAACAAGGACAAGACAAAAAAGAGCAGUUAGAAAACGUACAGUAGCUCAAGGAAGCAAAUUGCAAGAAAUUGAUGAACUGAAGUUAAACAAAUUCUUUACCAUAAAGCCUACAACUACAACACCAAAGCCCGCUAAAGUAGUGACACCAGACACCAAAACUGUUGGUCAUGACGAGGGAGACUUGCGAUUCCCUUUCUUAGAUUUAUUUGGAAAUAAAAACAAGAAGCCAGCUGGGCCUAGUUUCUACAUCAACAGGCUGAAGGUUAGGCGAGGAGGAGUAGCUAUCGCUGGUCCCGGAGGAGUGGCUACUGCUGGCAGAGGUGGGACCGCGAUCGUAGGCCCCGGCGGGCUAGCUUACACCCAACCAGGAGGACUCGCCGUAGCUGGACCCGCAGCGCAUGUAGUAGCAUUAUCAUCCGAAGCUGACCUUACUUCAGUUGCUCAUCGCCUACAGGAACAAAGUAAAAACGGACGAGGAAGCCGAGAGGACGGAGAAUGGAGCAGAAUGAAGCAGGAAUCAGAUCAGUACAUAUACGAUGGCAUGAAUUUUCAGGAAGAGCCCUUAAAGUUGGAGGAUACGACGUUCAUGCUAUUCAUUAAACCUGUAGCUCACGCUUUGAAUUCUAAAGGGACAGCUUUGGCAAAUCCCAUUUCCCAAGUUGUCAUAGCGAGAAACCAGAGUGGGACUAUACUUCAUGCGCCUCUAGCCACCGCUGUGGCAGGCCCUGGUGGCGUGGCUCAUGCUCAAUCAGUACAAUACGUACCAUUCUACGGAGGCGCCAAGGGUCAAUACCUAGAAAUAAAGAAAGACAACCUUGGCAGGAUAACUGGAGAAAAAAUUGUCUCAGAAGAAAAUAUCAGCAGUGAAAAUAUUCUCAAAAACAGCGAUGAGAAUCUUCUAGCCAAAGUAAUGGCUGCCAAUCUUCAAAAUCUGAGGAUGUUGUCAACGAAUUUGUUGAAAUUGCAUAAUAUUGGUCGUAAGACUGGGUCCUUAGGAGAUGUUGAGAAGAAUAGAUAUAAGACCCAGCUGGCUUCACUGGGUGAAGCUGCUUCGAACAUUAUUAAGCUGAUUGAAGAAGUAGAAGAUGUCGAUGUUCUGUUUAGGAAGAAUGCCACGUUGAGGACUAAGGGUGAAGAGGAUGAUGAUUAUAUUGCUGAAGAGGGUGUCGGCAUUGAAGCGUCUAGUGACGACAGUAGCGAAGCUCAAGAAUUUCUUGAAAAUGGCACCAUUGCUGAAGCCAAACCUGUUGGUCUAGCAGUUAUCGGUGAAAAUGGCCUGGCAGCUUCAAGACCACUGGCUACUGCUGUAGCCGCCUCAGGGGUGGCACUGGCCAGACCCGUAGCAACUGCCAUAGCCGGAGUAGACCCUUCAGCGUUAGGCAUUAGCUUCCAGUUGAACCAUUCCAAGAAGGCUUGAGGAAAAUAGGCUGUAAGAGUCUGCAUAAUGUCACGCCUGUUAAAUAUUUAGAAAGGGAUACAAAAAAUUAAGAUGGUAACGUGGGGCUAUCGCUAAAGAUUUGUCUUAAGUCUACUGCUUCACAAAUCUAUUCAUCAUUAGUAUUAAAAUACCUACAUUUUCAUUGGUCAUUCAUAACUCUCUCCAUUUUAAUGCACUCACUUUUUACUGCAGUAAAUUACAUAACCUGAGAAGUCACUUCAUCCAUCUUCGCCCCUAUUUCGUUAUAUUAUGCAUUUCAUAACAUUGUAAUUCAUAUUUCAAUUUUGCUACAUCAAGUUUAACAGUCUUCAUCUAAUCAUUCAUUUCCAUCUCAAGCAUUUCUUCAUUCUCACAACUAUACUUCUAUUCACCUCCAUGAAAAUCAAUGGCUAUUUCCAUUUUUCAUUUUCUAUCUUUGCAAAAAUAUUAAUAAUAAUGGGCGUGACAUUGUUUCAUCAAAUAGAAUUCAUUAAUCAUAAAUAGUCAUGUCACACGGCAGUGAUGCUUUUUACAUUCGAAGUAAGAUUUACUCAAUAAGGUGAAAUAAAUUACCAUUAGAAUAAGAGUGCCUGUAGACGGUUCAAUUUUCCAAAUGAAUAAUAAAAUUCUUUGGUGGAAAUUGAUCGUCUGAGUGACAAUAAGGUUGUGUCAUAAAUGUGUGAGCAAGUGGGAUAGAAUGUCUUGUGAAGACAAAAAAUUGUAUUUAUUAUUUAUUUAUAAUGAAAAUAAAAUGAGCAACGUGA